CACUCUGAGAUCUCUCACAACCCUUUCCAGCUGAUCCUGUCCGUAUUCCAUCCCCGGCCGUCUCUGUUCCGGGUCGGUUUGGAACGGCGGUCGCCGCCAUUGGAGACAGCGACGGAGACGGAUUCGCUGAUGUGGCAGUCUCCGCCCCCUAUGCCGGAGAAAGGGGUGUGGUUUAUAUUUGUCGAGGGUUCGAAGGUGGACUCCUCCCACCUACUCAGGCGAUCCCAGCCUCUCCAACUGCCAGCG